UCGUCAACCACCCGACGACAUUUUUGCAGUCUGCUCCAAAAAAGCAAAGUCUCUGGUCCCGUUUCUGUGAAGCUCUGCAGAAAACUUUCCCCUCGGCCUGGACGAGAAAGGAGCCGAAGCAUCCGCGGAUUGACUGAUCCUGAUCCGGAUUAGAGCCACAGAGGGGUUCUGCUCAGAGUUCCGAGGACUUUAUCUGGAGUAAAAGCAGCAGAAUGACACAUUUUAAUAAAGGGCCAGCCUACGGACUGUCUGCCGAAGUGAGGAGCAAAAUUGCUCAGAAAUACGACCUACAGAAGGAGGAGGAGCUCCGUUUCUGGAUCGAGGAGGUAACAGGGAUGACUAUCGGAGAAAACUUUCAGAAAGGCCUAAAGGACGGAGUCAUCCUCUGCGAACUUAUCAAUAAGCUGCAGCCUGCUUCAGUGAAGAGAAUCAACCUUUCACAGCUGAACUGGCACAAGCUGGAAAACCUUGGGAACUUCAUCAAAGCCAUCCUGACCUAUGGCCUGAAGCCCAAUGACAUCUUUGAGGCCAAUGACCUGUUUGAAAAUGGGAAUAUGACUCAAGUCCAGACCACACUGCUCGCCCUGGCCAGCAUGGCAAAGACCAAAGGUAUGGACACAAAGAUCGAUAUCGGGGUGAAAUAUGCAGACAAACAAGCUCGGCACUUUGACAACGAGAAGAUCAAGGCUGGACAGUGUGUCAUUGGACUGCAGAUGGGAACAAACAAGUGUGCAAGUCAGGCUGGAAUGACAGCUUAUGGGACCCGGAGACACCUGUAUGAUCCAAAGACCCAGACAGACAAGCCGUACGACCAGACCACGAUCAGCCUGCAGAUGGGAACCAACAAAGGGGCCAGCCAGGCGGGCAUGUCAGCCCCUGGUACCCGCAGGGACAUCUUUGACCAGAAGGUGGCACUGCAGCCUGCGGACAAUUCCACCAUCUCCCUCCAAAUGGGUACCAACAAGGUGGCAUCCCAGAGAGGCAUGAGCGUGUACGGUCUGGGUCGUCAAGUCUAUGACCCCAAGUACUGUGCCCCCCCAACAGAGCCCGUCAUCCACACAAACGGCAGCCAGGGCACCGGCACCAACGGCUCCGAGAUCAGCGAUAGUGACUAUCAGGCUGAGUUCCAGGAGGAGGAGUUCCAUGGGAGUUACCAUGAUGACUACAGCUCCCAUUACAACGAACAGGGCAUCGACUACUAGUCCAGUCCGCCCCCUACAGGAGAGUGUAAAGAAGUGUAUUUUAUCAACUACGCAAUCCAGCAAGUCUUCUGCUACUAUAACUAGUCGUUGUUCUUGUCUUGAAGCAUAAGAUGUUGCCUUGAAUGUUUUCUUUUUCACUUUUACAUUUCUGAUAUGGACAAUAAGGUAACAGCAUAGAAUAAUGAAAUACAGACUCACAGUGCUUCUAAGCUUAAGAGUUUAUUUUAGUACCUAAAUGUGUCUUAAUAAUGGAACAUGUAAUAUGUGAUAGCUUUAGGCUAAACGGUCGAGCACCCAAUAAACUUGCUGCAUUCCAGUGUGUUUCCCUGGAGCCAAACUGUGCCUGUGCUUGAAGUGAAAGGAUUUCCAAUGUGUAGUAAUCAACAGUAGGCUGAAUUAUAGCUGCCUUUUUAUCUGUUCCCCUGUAUACAUGCACCCCUCCACAGCUUGAGAUGCUAGCAUACCUUUUAAUUCUUCUUUUUUAUUCUUUCAUUUAAUCACUCAAUCCUUUCUUUCUAACGUAAAUGAUGCUGUGCAGAUCACAGCCAAGCUUCCUCCAUCCAUCAUGUGGCGUAAAUCAUCCCUUGUAUUCUCAGACUGUAUAUACUGCAAUGACACACAUUGUUAAACAGUUGACUGUUAUGUGGUUUGUAAAGAAAACGCUAUGUUAUAAAUAAAACCUUAUAUUCUUGGACUCCA